GCUCUCCGCGUCUUCGCUUCCGCUCGGGGCCUGCGUGGGCGGAAACGGAAGCAAAAAGCAAAUCAGAAGACGCAGUGAAGUAAAUACAUGGAAAGUAAGCGAGCUGUCGCCAUGGCGGUCACCGAGGGGGCGCUGAAAAGAAUGGUGCCAAAGUAUAAAUACAGGGAUCUGACAGUGCGAGAAAUUCUAAACGUUACCUCAACAUAUAAAGACCUCAAGCCUGUGAACGAUUCAUAUGUAUUUAACAAUGGUUCUUCUCAGGAGCUGAUGAGUCUCACUGGAACGAUCCCAGUUAGCUACAGAGGAAAUAUGUAUAAUAUCCCUAUAUGCGUGUGGUUACUGGACACUUACCCUUACAAUCCUCCAAUCUGCUUUGUAAAACCCACCAGUACCAUGAUGAUUAGAACAGGAAAGCACGUUGAUGCCAAUGGGAAAAUCUACCUCCCCUAUCUACACGAGUGGAAACAUCCACAUUCUGACCUCUAUGGGCUGAUUCAGAUGAUGAUCGUCAUGUUUGGAGAGGAACCUCCUGUCUUUUCAAAGCUCGCUGCACCUCCAUCUUACCCUUCGUAUCAAGCUGCAGGGCCGCCAACUCCUUCUUACAUGCCUGGAAUGACAGCAGGAAUGGCACAAUAUCCAGCAGGCCAUGCCAAUACUGGAGGGUUUCCAGGAUUUCCUUAUCCCCCGGCAGGUGCAUAUCCUCCAACCACAGCCACAGCGCAACAGCAUCCAUAUUCCAACCAGCCUCCUGCCGCAGGUGUUGGUCCCGGCAGAGACACCAUUAGUGAGGAUACAAUCCGUGCUUCACUGAUCUCUGCAGUUAGUGAUAAACUGCGCUGGCGGAUGAAAGAGGAAAUGGACCGUGCCCAAGCUGAACUUGAUGCCCUCAAACGGACAGAGGAGGACCUAAAGAAAGGCCACCAGAAGCUGGAAAUGAUGGUCAAUCACUUGGAUCAGGAACUGACUGAUGUAGACAAAAACAUUGACGCACUGACGAAGAAGGAUGAGGAGCUGAGUGUUGCACUGGAGAAAAUGGAGAGCCAGUCUGAAAAUAAUGACAUUGAUGAGGUUGUUGUGCCAACAGCACCCCUCUACAAACAAAUCCUCAAUCUUUAUGCUGAGGAGAAUGCCAUUGAGGACACCAUUUUCUAUCUGGGUGAAGCCCUGAGACGAGACGUCGUUGAUUUGGAAGUCUUCUUAAAGCAUGUGCGUCUCUUAUCUCGCAAACAAUUCCAGCUUCGAGCGUUGAUGCAGAAAGCAAGAAAGACAGCUGGCCUUAGUGACUUGUACUGAGUGAUUCUUUGAUAUUUAGAACCGGAUCUGACUGACUGCAAUUAACCAACUUUAACGAAAGGAUAAGUUAUUGGAUAUUCUAGCUGUAAAUUAUGUUAAUUGAUUGUUUUCUUAAAUAUGGUUUUGCGAAGGCACUUUGUAUUUACCUGUAACUUUCAGGAGAGGUAGAAAUUGGAAUAAAGAUUCUUCAACUUGUAAGCUAAA